CAAUAGACAAUUUGUUGUUGAUAUUUCAAGCGUGAAACUUCUAUAGACGACAGUACGCGAAGUUUGCGAACGGCGAAAGCCAUGCUGAUUCGUUUGCACCAGAAUGAGCCGACCGCUUUUGCAGCAAAGCUGGUUGACCACCUCGCGGACCUGUUCUCUUCAGCAGCCGCGACAACCGGAUGGAUUCAGCAAUUGCCGCUCGGGAACAGGCCGAGUAAGGCAACUCGAUCAUGCGGGCCUCGGUGCGGGACCGGGACCACCUGUACUACCAGCCCACAGAGUACAACUUCGUUUCUGACAACUCACGCCGCGUCCGAAGAGGGUCGGUACUACAUGUCGCCUCCCCAGAACAAGGACCGGUACGAGUGGGGCUAUCCCUGCUCAGUGAAAAAGCUGCCAAUCGGGGCGCCUACAAACCAGCGGUACAUUCCGAAUGCUUUCGGGCUCUCCUGGGGUAGCUACCCAAACCCGUACCCGACGCAGUGUGGGACGACUAUCGUGAAAUGGGGGAACGGCGAGGACAGCGGAGCCGCCGCGGGGGCGGACUUCAACGGCAGACCCGAGUACGUCUGGCUCAAGGACAAGGCCGUGAACUGCACGGCGAUCCCGGCGCCGCACGAAUUUCUGCAGCGCGGGAACAGUCGGUUCGGCGGGCAGUCUUCCGAGUGGUUUCACACUCGGUUCCUGCGAGCGGCAAAGCUCAGUAUUGGUGGUAGGAUCAUGGGCGGAACGUUUAAGGACGUGAACACAAAGGGAAACACCACCAAUGACGCCUACGCUUUUGCCGGGAUUUUGGAGGAGGGGCACAGUAAGCCCGUGCUUCGCGUCAAGAAGAAAGGUUUCGCGAACGACAUCCUGUGGCGCAAGAAGCCAAGCAAUUGGAGCGCAAUCCGCAGCGCUGCUGCGGGCCUGGCCGCGGGGCUGAAGAAUGUCUUCAGUCAGAAUGCGAACAACGGCGAUAUGACGGACGGGAAGGGCUGGUGGCCCAAUGUAUUCUCCAAGUACCAGGCUGCGUUUAUGUGCGAAUCCGAAAAAGAUUGCGGUUACUUUGUGUUUGACCCCAGCAAAAAACGCAUGCAGAUGUGCCAAGGCCAAGAAAUCAAACCGAAGGAGGGAAUGUCCAACAAGGUCGCACGGGGGAAAGCUUUCGGGUAUUGUUGUUGAUCAGUUGUUGCAUGCUUGAAGUGCACUGCUUCUUGUUACUUGGAUGCUUCUUGAUGUCCUCAUGCAUGGUUGUGGAGCUGAAGAAUGGUUCGGAAUGUUGCAGCAGAAGGAGGAAACAAAACGAUCACUAAUGCUAAGUAGUACAUGAUCAUCAGAGCCAAAACUACAAAAUCUUCCAGUUACUUGCUGGCUCGGAAGAUGCGAGGGUACAUGAUGGGGGUGAAGCCGAGCUUUCUGCGGCAAGCCUUGAAGCUGAAUCAGAACGACCGACUGCUGAUAAACACGAAAGCCGUCUGCCCCGGCCGAGACGGCCGGUUCCUCGAGACGCGGCCUUUUGCGGAGGAUCUCCGCGACACAUUCAAGCGAAACGCCGCUUCCCCGGAUGUGCUUCGGCCUACACAUUGGUGGUACAAUCUCGCGGGGUCCAAAACUUUUUACAUGCAGCCCUCUGACGUUCGGGGCGAGCUAUGCAGUGGGGAGCCCACUUUUGUGCCACAGCUAGGUGCCUUCGCAGUCAUACCGGAGAUUCCAGCUGCGCAAGAACCGAUGCUUUCAUAAGUGAUUCUGGUCCAGUCAGCACGGCAUUAGCAAGCUUACAGCGGUAAAAUUCCACACUUCAUCGUGCUACAUUUAAGUUCCUGGUAUGCACGGUCUCAUUUGGUGGACAAUGCAGACUCAACAGGGAAGAGGGUUUUGUUGAAUGAUAGAGGUAUUUGCUGAAAUUCGUUGACUUGCCCCCGCGGUUUGCUGAAAUUGAUGCUUGCAAAAGUAUUAUGCUGGGGAAGAUAUUUACGACAGACGUUGACGUUGCUCUUGCUGCUGUUUGUCUAGGUCGCAUUUCGCAAAAGCAAU